UGUAACCCACACCAGCCCGGAGAAGAUCCCAAAAUAGCCCUUCUUUCCUCCCUCUCUUCCAGUCACCCUGCAAACUUCACUGGUUUUCUUCCUUUCUGAUUUCUGCCCUGCUGCCCCAUGAAGGUUGGCAUCGCUGCCCUCGUGGCCGGGAUCCUCGCCGGCUCCGGCGUCCUGCUCUUCCUCCUGGCUUUUGGGACUGACUACUGGCUCCUGGCUACUGAGACCUGUGGUGUGUUCCAGGGUGGGAACAGCACUCUGCAGAGUGGGGAGGCUGAAGUGCUGGCAGAGGAGAGGAAGGAGAUUGUCACUUUCCACCACGAGGGCUUCUUCUGGAGAUGCUGGUUCUUUGGUGAGGGGCAUCCUGAGAGCAUCUGGACCUUCUGGUACACCAGCCAAGCACACCCCAAGUUCUGCAUGCAUGGUUACCUCUUCCCACUGCCCAUUGCUCUUGGACCUUUCCCACACCCUUCCUAUGACACCACAGCAGUGUACAGAGGCUUCUGGACAGCAUUCAUCAUGCUGGCUGUGGCAGCUGGGCUGGUGGGAGGUCUUCUUCUGGUCUGUGGUGUGCCCUUCGUCAACCCCCGUGUCUACAAAGUGGGAGGGGGAUUCCUCCUUGCCUCAGGAAGCUUAUUUCUCCUGCUGGUGUUUCUCUUUGUGAUGUGGAAGGAAUUUGCUGCUGAUUUUCAGAAGUACAUCCUUCUGGAGAGGAGUGAGAAGUGCCUGGAGGAUGUGCCCGUCCAUGUGUACUACGGGUGGUCCUUCAUGUUCGCUGCAGCAGGGGUGCCUCUGGUUUUACUCUCUGGACUCCUCUUCUACCUGGCUGGCAGAGACAUUAUGAAGUCCAUGGAAUGAGAUAAAGUCAGAGAAGGCCUUCAAGAAAAUUGGUGAUGCUUCUUGUAAUGAAGUUUUGAGGACCUUGAGUGUUCUUGUAGCUAUAAUUGGCAGCAUAGGUGCAUGAUUCCCCUGGCCCAUAGCUGGAGGCAGGGAUAGAGCACUGAGCAUCCGACCUCUGUCAGUCCCAAACCAGCCCUGGCUAAAGGUCCAGCUUCAGCAUUUUUGGAGACAUUCAGACAUAUCUAUGGGUUUUGCAUCAGUUUUCUCUGCAGCCCAAGGAAGAGCCUUUAAUUCAGCAGAGCUGGACUUUUACAGCGUUCCCAGCAUCCUUGCUUCUUGUAAAAGGAAAUCAAAUCUGGCUGCCACGGUGGAGGCAUUUUAAUGUCUAUUUCUGAAAAGCUAUUAAGAAAGAUUUUUCUUUUUUUGUUUUCUUUUUGUUUUAGCUGCCUCUAAUUGACAUCAAAGGGCAGCCAUUUUAACAGGAUGUCGGGAAACAUGAGAAACCUUUUUUUUUUUUUUUCCUUAAGAGCUCCGAUUCUGAAGACCUAACCUACCUUUCCUCAAGCCAAUAAACCAAUUUCUGUGGCAUGAAACCUAACAGGAAUUAAUUAGUAUUUCUUUACAGCACUUAAUAUUUUCUCUGCACAUGGGGAUUCACAACCCCAAAACUGGAAGAUGGCCAGAGGUGGGGGAAAGGGAGUGGGCACAACAGCACUGCCAACAUUUAUUUUGUUUCUUAGGGUAGACCAUGAGACCUACAGAUGUAACACCAAAACCAGCUCCAAAAAGACAAAUUAAAUACCAUUCAGAUGCCUUCCAA